AUGUCUAAGCCCCGUCGAGAUGGACUUCUUUGGGAUGACCGGGGCCUCAACCUUGAGCCUCGCUGGGAGCGUGAACCCAAUAUCGAGGCGAUAAGCAACACAAAAUGCAGCGUGUCUUUCCACGCGUCAGGCUCAUUCAACAAGCUGUAUCUUGUCAAGACGGAACAGCAGGGAAGCCUUCUAAUGCGAGUCUCCCUCCCAGUGGACCCCCACAACGAAACAUCCGGCGAGGUGGCGACCCUGCGCUGGAUCCUCGUCGCCUUUGAUGACUCGAGCGACAACAAGAUCGGGUUCGAGUGGAUCCUGAUGCAGCUGAUGUCCGGCACCUCAGCCUACUACCGGUGGCGCGGCAUGUCCAUGGAGACCAAGCGGGCCUUCGUCGAGCGGGUCGCAGACAUGCAGGCCCAGCUCUUCAGCCCCGGGCGUGCGGAGAGGGGAUUCCGCGGGAUCGGGACGCUGAAGGGCUCCAAGGCGUGUGCGGGUCCGGAGCCGGGCCAGAUUGUAUCGCCAAUGUUCUUCUGGGGACCGCACUUCGACUACGACGUUCCGCGGGGACCCUUCCGCUCCAGCCACGACUGGCUGGGCGCCACCCUCUCCAUCGCGCUUCGGGAGCGGGUAGAUGAGAUCGAGGAGGCAGAAGACGAGGAGGACAGGCAGGACGCAGAGGAGCAACUGCGAAUAACGAGGAGACUGGUAGACCUACUGCCCAAGAUCUUUCCUUCCAUCCAGCACCCUGCCGAGCGGACCAUUCUCUGGCACGGCGAUCUCUCGCUAUCGAACAUCAUGGUGGAUGUGGAGGGCAAGAUCACGGGAGUGAUAGAUUGGGAAUGCGUCUCGACCAUGCCGGUGUGGGUUGCGUCCCAGAUGCCCCAAUUUCAAGUCGGAUCGCCGCGAGAAUUGGAGCCGAUCCGGGACGGCUACGGGGACGAGAACCCGGAAUACGACAAGGCGUUUACAGCGACGACGGAGUAUGAUGACGGCCUGGACGGUGAGCGAAAGACCGAUCUCUACUGGAUUCACCUGAUGGAGUAUGAGCAGACGCGGCUGAGGAAAGUCUACGCGGACCGUAUGCGCCAGUUAUGGCCUGCCUGGGAUGCAGAAGUUACAGAUGGGGCGUUGAAGGCCGAUUUACUAGAGGCUGUUAGUCGUUGUGCCGAUGGGUUCGGGUUGAGACAAAUCGAGAAAUGGGUCGAUGCCAUCGAGAAGGGACAGAUUCCCAGGUUGGCGGACAUGUUCACGGUUCAGACCGUGACAUAG